AUGUCUUUCCAAGAAUUUGCUAAUCUAGACGAAAAUAUCGAAGAAAUCAUAAAUGAACUUAAAAAGAAAUUUCCAAAAGGACCUAAUUUUGUGAAAAGAGGUGUUCAAACCAUAGCUGACGGAUUUACAGUCCCUUUUGAUGAAUGGGCAAAACCUAAAAAUGAAGUUAUGAGGCCUCCUAGGAAAAAAGUAGUAGUUGAUGGAAAGAAAAAGCCUGUAGCUUCAAAGAAUUUAAAUGAAUCAAAACAAAGGACUUUAGAUGAAGCUAAUAAAAUUCUACAGAGUUUAUUUGCAACAAGACAAAAUCAAAUGACAUUUUCUGUACCACCUAUUUCAGAAGUUUUGAUUAAAAAAAGAACCAAAGGAAAAGAAGUUGCAAAAUUAGCAACGACAUUAAAAUCUAUUGAUCUUAAUGAAGGAAGUAGUGGGAGUGGUGGUACUUCUUCUACUUCUUCUCAACCUUUUAUUGUCAAAUUAAAAAUUCCUCCUCGUAUUCAUACUAUUGUUGAAAAAUCAUCAACCAAAGAAAGAAAAUCAAAUUCAUCUACUAAUUAUAUUACUGUGGAAACACAAACUGAUUUUUCUCGAGCAGAACGAGCAGAAAUUGGUACCCAAACAAUGAAUGAAUCAACCGAAAAAUCAUCUACCAAUAACGAUUUUGAAUUACAAGCUUAUCAUGUGUUAUACGAACAUAGGAUGAGACAAGCCACAAAUUAUAAACAUAGGAGCGAAAAAACAUCCAGUGAAAAAAAAUUAGAUAGAAUAUCCGAUUAUUUAGAAGCAUUUCUUCUUUACUCGGAUUCUUGUCAUAAUCAAUACGAAGCUUAUAAGAAUGGGCAUCAUUAUGACACAUUUUUAAAUCCAGAAAAGUUUUUUACUGUUGUAUAUAGUUGGAUUAAAGGGGAAGAUAAAAAAUUAAUGGGGGCAUUGAAAUACCUUCAUUCUAUUAUUAUUAAAUUAUAUUUUAUGAUUGAACACGAAAGAAGUAUUCAGAAACUUAAGGAAAGUUAUACAACUUAUCUUGAUAAAUUGAAGCAAAAUCCGACUGAAGGCACUGAGGCACGUACGGCAUAUAACAGUAUUAAACUUUGUGCUGAAAAGAUAACCGAAGCAUUCUUAUUGUGCGAGACAGCGAAAGAACUAUUGGGAGAUCGGAGUUUAGAUAUUUCUACUAAUAGUUUGGAAAAUGUUAGAAUCUUUGCUAGAGAACAUGUUGAUAAAUGGAGGACUGAUAAAGGAAUAAAUUUUGUAGCUCUUUAA